UGGCUCCCAGCAUGCUGUGCGGGCGCUGACAGCCUUAUAAAUAGUCGCCUUUGCAGGCGGCUGUGAGGACGGGCAGGGCACGCACUGGUCCCGGCGCCCACCGCCCACCGCCCAUCGCCCACUGCCCAGCUCCAGAGUGCUGACUCUGCUCUCGGGACCCCGACAGGAUGGAAGAGAAGCUGAAGCACACCAAGAUCAUCUUUGUGGUGGGUGGGCCUGGCUCAGGAAAGGGCACCCAGUGCGAGAAGAUUGUGCAGAAGUAUGGCUACACCCACCUCUCCACUGGCGACCUCCUGCGCGCGGAGGUCAGCUCAGGCUCAUCCAGGGGCAAGAUGCUGUCAGAAAUCAUGGAGAAGGGGCAGCUGGUGCCAUUGGAGACUGUUCUGGACAUGCUCCGAGAUGCCAUGGUGGCCAAAGUGGAUUCCUCCAAAGGCUUCCUGAUCGAUGGCUACCCUCGGGAGGUGCAGCAAGGGGAAGAGUUUGAGCGACGGAUUGGACAGCCCACACUGCUGCUGUAUGUGGACGCAGGCCCUGACACCAUGACUGAGAGGCUUCUGAAGCGAGGUGAGACCAGCGGCCGUGUGGAUGACAACAAGGAGACCAUCAAGAAACGGCUGGAGACCUAUUACAAGGCCACAGAACCCGUGAUCGCCUUCUACGAGAAGCGUGGCAUUGUGCGCAAGGUCAAUGCCGAAGGUUCAGUGGACAGUGUCUUCUCUCAGGUCUGCACCUACCUGGACACCCUGAAGUAGCCACCGGAGCCCCUGGCCAGCUCCCAGCCCGCCCCACCCCUGCUCUGACCCCAGGAGGCCUGGCAUGAGCCCAGCGCCUCCACCCUGCCGGGCUGCACAGAGACACAGGAAGCCGCUUUAUCCUGUUCCGUGGACAGCCGAGCACUAAAGGAAUUACCAAGGACCUUUGCUCUUAUUCCCUUUUCUUUUGCUUCCAAUCAAAGUGAUUCAUGUGGCUGUGCCCUGAGGCUGCAGCCACUGCCCUCCCAUUUCAGCCAGGGCCCUCUGCUUGGCCACCUAUCCUUCUCUUCCUCUGAUGGGAGUUCAGGUUCCCCCUGGGCCAGGCUCUGCCAUGCCUGGGGGCCCUGUGUUAACUGAAAGGCUGAGCUGCUCCUGAGGUCUCAAGUUCAGUCAGAUUCCAAACUGGGUUCUUCUCAGACUUGCUAUAUGGCCUUGAUCCUAAGCCUUCCUUUCUCUCUCUCUCUCUAAGCUGGGUGCCUGCCUGUCCUCCCUUUCUCUCCUUCCUUCCUUACUGUCUUUUCUCUCCCUCCCUCCAUUUUGUUCUCUUUGAGACAGGGUCAAGCCAGCCUUGAACUUACUAAGUAGUUAAGGAUGACCUUGAAUUUCUAAUCCUCCUGCCUCCACCUCCUAAGUGGGGAAUUACAGGCGUGCAACCCCAUGCCCGGUUUAUGGGUUUCUGAGGUGCUGGGGAUCAACUCCAGAGCCUUGGGCACUGUAAGCAGGCACUCUAUCCAUUGAGCCAGUUUUCUGUGCUUGACCGUUGGGAUCUGGACUGUAAUGGGCAGCAGGACCAUGGGCUGCAGGGGCUCCUGGGCAGUGGAGUGGCACAUGCCAGUUGACCACAUGGGUAUCAACUGAGCCUCCCUGGUCACAGGAAUUCUACAAAAGGCAUGUGGCUGUAUGGGGAAGCCCAGGUCAGGGGCCUGUUUAAGAGGGGGACCCAAAGAGGUCCCUUUGUGUGGCCAGGCUCCAGAUAGCCAUCCGAGCCCAUUCCAGAUCUGCAUAGGCUCUGUGUGUGUUGUGCCCCAUCCCUCAGCCUUGGCAUUGGGACAGAACACACAGUGAGGGAUUCUGGUUGUCAGUGACCACGUGGUGGGAGCAGGGCCCAUAGUGUGCGGGCCUGCAGGGAAUGGAGAACACAGGAGAGAGCCAGCUCCCCUCUUCUGCUCUCUCGUUCUUUGACCUAAUGGAGAGGAUGGCUUAGUUGGUGCUCAUCUGUCCUUAACCUUUAUUCUGGCCCUAGUGGCUCCCUCCCAGGCCCAGACCCCCUGUAGCCCAUGGCCACAACUGCCCCCGGGGGGGGGGGGAGGGACACUGCUCUGGGGAUGACAGGGCUCAUCUGCUCAUCCACAAUGCCAUCUGUUUACAGCCAGAGGCCACUUUUCCAUUUAUGCUGGCUAUUUAAGCUUUCCUUUCAAAUAAACGUAUUUAAGUUAUAAAA